AUGGAAGACAUCAUCACAUUGAACUUGGGAGGAUUUCCCAAGGAUGUGUUGGACUUCCAGGAGUCGUCCAUCUACCUCCAACAGCUUCUCUUCAUUGACUACCAGCUCCAACUCUUGAUCCAGAAUGAGUUUUCUGGCAAGCAAUUCGUCUCUGCAGGCCACUUUGAGCUCCAGGGAGUCUCCCAGCCAAGAGAGAAGUUGCUCCAGUUGAUCAAUUACGUCACCAAUGUCAACGGCACUUACAGUGAGGAAUACAAGACGGUGGUCGAGAAGUUCUACUUCAAUAUCAUCAUGGCCCACUUGUUCUACUUGAACUCCCAGCUUGAUGAAAUGGCAUACCAGCUCGACCUCAUCCACGCAUCAGCAUUAACCCCCUCCACCAGCCAGCCGUACAAUGAAUUUAUCGAGUUUUUGAUUUGCAGAUACCAUGUCGUUGGCUCAUAUGCCAGCAAUUCCUCAAGCAAAUUGAUUGACUACUUGGUAUGGUACAGAAAGCCUUUCAAGAAAUCGCAAAUUACAGCUAAUAACUGGCUCGAUCUAUUGUACUUGAGAUUGACUACUCUUUUGACCCACGAUGGAACUGGAAAGUUAUCAUUCCACGACAUCCAGUCAUUGAAUUUCGCAAGAAACUCCAUUGCGGUCAUAGGCUAUGCCAACUACUUGGUAAAGACCAGUGUCCUUUCAUUAUCGUCUAACCAUAUCGUCGAUUCUUUCAAGUCAGAGUACUCGGCGUACUUGACUUCGUCGAUCAACCUGAAGAUAGCAAACAAGUUGGAAUUUCCAAAGUCUGAUGAAUCUUCUAAAACACCAUCCCAACUUAAUGACUUCAUCUACAACCUCUAUGAAACCUUAAACCAGGUCCCCUUCAAUUACACUAUCAUUAAGCCAUCCUUGACGAAGAAGUUUUUGAUUAACUCGACACUCAAAACCUAUCAAAGUCAAACGGUUUUGAUUAAUCUUAUAAAGGUAUUGGGUGAAUUGGAAGAAUAUGACGAAGCACUUGCAGCUUUUAAGACAUUAAGAGAUUAUAUUGAGGCUGAUUUAAAACAACAUGAAGGCAAUUUCGAUGACAUCCUUCAGAUCAUUGAUAUUUACUCCACAUGCCUCAUUAAGUUCAACCCUUUGAACACCAACAGGACCAAGGGUUUCAAAUACACUUCCGAAGACAAAGUCUUGGUUCUCUUGGAUGAGUACGCCAAGGAACUACUCAUCUACUUGGACGUAGUCAGAGACUCAGUUGGUUUGACAUACGAUGAAACCCACGAUACCGAAUCUUUCAAAGGUGGACAGAAGGUGGAGCCAAGUAGUGGGCUUUUAUCCUUUUUGUUCAAAAAGUACAACGUCAACAUCUUGCUCUCGGACCAUUCCCACUUUAUUGAGUUGGUUUCCCAAGCAUGGUUUAGUUUGGGCUACUACCACUACUACUUGACUAUAAACAAGUCUUCAACCUAUCCCCUACUCGAGGCCCAUAAGAUGAAGGUCAUCAAGUACUACAAAAACAGUUUAAUUGUGAACUCCACUGGUAACCCUGAAUACUUGUUCAACUAUGCCUUAUCGUUAUCUUUUGAUGGACACUUGAAGGAAGCUUUAAAAUUGUGCAAAUUUAUUUUGAAGAAAUAUCCGGAGUCUUUCAAAACGUGGAAUUUGAUGGUUUUGUUGUUGACAUCUUUCGAAGCUAAUGAUCCAGAUUUUGUCAAGUCCGAUAAGCAAAAUGCUUCAAAUGGGUACUCUAAUGGUACACAUGAAGCCAUUGGUACCUUGAAUGGAAAUGGAGCUUCUAAUGGUAAAAUUUCCGAGAGCCAAGCCCCACUCAAAGAAUCCGAAAAAUUUAUAAAUAAUGCCCUUAAUAUCGCAGGAUUAUUUAUUGCCAAGCAUCAUCAAAGAGACGUCAAGUUAACUACCGAAGCCAAAUAUGAAAUACUUCAGUUGAAAUUGACUCAAUUGGCAGUUUGGGAAUCGAUUUAUGGAGUCCAGUAUAUCUUGGAAUUUCUUUCGGAAGUCUUCAUGCUUUUUCAUGAGCUUUUCACAGUUGAUCAUACACAGCCAAAAGAACCAACCAGGACUUUAAUUCCAGUUGCUCAUGAUUCAAAGUGGUCGCAUCGUCCAAGUUUCAUUGACCCAAAAAUCGAGCCUCCUCAUGCCAAUGGUUCUUCCAAACCUAAGGAUCUCACGAGAAGACUUUCCAGAAUGGGUAAACCUAACGCUGUCGACACAGUAGAAGGUUUGAAGAACCUAAGCUUAAAUCACAACAACAGAUCAUCUCUUACACACCAUGCUACCACUGAAAGUCUUGCUCAGAAAGCCACGACUACAGAGAAGAAAAUUUUGCAAGACCUUUGGUUAUGGACCAGUAAAAUUUACUUGAAGAUUGGAAUGUUGGAAGAGUCUGAGCAGUGCAUUGUGGAGGCUGAAUCUAUUUACGAGCCAAACGUCAAGACUUUCACUAUGUUGGGGUACUUGACUUCCAAGUCCAGAAAGUUCUUGUCUUUGCAAGAGUUGGAGAGAUCAAUUGAAAAAUUGAAUAAGGAUCCUCACAAUAAGAUCGAUUACGGCAACACAUUGUUGGGAUUGUGCAAGCUUUUCAUCAUCGACGAUGAAGCUGAGAGGUCUUUGUUUAUUUCCAGUAAGGACCGUGAUGCUGGAAUAAUAAGGUUGAAAAAUUGUCUUGAGGCAUACUCUUUAAGCUGGCCCUAUGGUGCCAACAAUCUGGAGGUAUGGUACUACUUGUCUAAAAUUUAUGAGAUUAUUGACGACAAAACCUUAUUGACCAAGAGCUUGUGGAAGUGUGUUGAGCUUGAAGAUUUCAGACCUGUUAGAGGAUACGAAAUUGCCGAUAGUUUCAAGUACUAA